AGGCUGAAUGAUCAACAGAAAUCGGGCAUAAGUUCUACGAAAUCAAACUUUGUAAGCGUUUCUCUGCAUCGACUAUCAAUGUUCGUGUUCCCAAAACCAGCCCCCGAGCCCAAAACCAGUUCUACUGAUGCUGCUGAUGUUGCAGAACUACUCGUAAGUCUUUCAAUCUUUGGGUUCAGCCAACUCUCUGCCACUGAUCAACAUGAGAAGACGAAAAAAAUCUAUGAUAAAGUAGUUGAAGAUGUUGUAGUUCAGCAAAUCCCGGAGGAGAGUGAAGAGGAUUUUAGACUCAGAACAUUCACAGAGCUAUUCAAGAAACUUCCCUUACCUGAUCAGAACCAUUUCCUGUCAACUGUUAUAAAGAAGUUCAAGCGCGAGAGGCAAAUUGGCGAGUUGAUCUCUUGGUUCAGUACUCAACUAGACGCCAAUGAUCAAAAUCAACUGAUUGAAGAAAUUGUUCAUGUUAAACUUGACGAGGAAACUAAUGAGGAUUUCAGACUCAAAAGAUUUACACAGCUUUGUAAGGAUUAUACUGACUAUGUUGUCGCCUGCAGGGAAGAAUAUGUCAAGAAACCAAAACAUACACAACAGACAUCCGAUACUCAUGAAGUUUGUUCGGAUUCGCAAUCCCGUUUUGCUGAGUUUUUCUUAGGUUUCUCAAUUAUAUGGUUCAAGGGACAAAGCUCAUAUGAUCAAUGGCAGCUGAUUGACCAACUCUGUGAUGGAGUUAAGGGUGUUAUGGUUGAGAAGCUCGCAGACGAAAGUGAGGCAGAUUUCAACCUCAGAAGAUUCACAGAACUAUGUAAGAAAGUGGCUGACUUCGGUGUACAAGUCCACUUCCUUGACAAAGCUGAACAGAAGCUGCUACACAAAAGAAGAUAUCUUCCACACGGGGUGCUACUUCAGCCCCAAGAUUCUGCCAGUGCUGCUGAAUUACUCUCGAAGCUCUCAAGUUUCUGGUUCAGCCUACUAACCCCCAAUGAUCAACAAGACGAGAUUGAACAAAUCUCUAACAAACUUGCUGCCGGAGAUGUUAAUGUCGAAAGACUUGGAGGGGAAACAGAGGAAGAUUUGAGAAGGAAAACAUUCACAAAGCUGUUUAAUAAAGCUCCGGUCGGUACACGAAUUAAUUUAUUCAGGGAGUUUAAAAGCAAAUUCGUCAGUGAGAGACACUUCUGUGAGUCCAUUCUUUUGUUCAGGCAACUGGAUUCCAAUGAGCAACAAGAAACGAUUGAAGAAAUGUUUGCUCGCUCAGGGAAGGUGACAAGCAAAGAUGUCAAAGAUGUCAUACUUGAGAGACUCUCCGAGGAGUGCGAGGAAAAUUUUAGGCUCAGAAGAUUUAUAAAGCUGUGUAGUACACAUCCAUUCCUUUUGGAUCGCUUCUUUCGCAGCGAAGCUAAGAAGUGGGAUCUAAAAUUUCUACAUAUGCAGAAGACGUCAGGUAAAGAAGAGAUAGAAGAAAUCAAGAGGUCCCGCUAUGCUGAAUUUUACUUGGGGUUGUCAAUUAUCUGGUUCAAAGCACGAUGUGCCAGUGAUCCAAGAAACCCCAUUCAAGUACUUCUUGGUAAAGUUGGAGAAGGUGAUCAUAUAAUUGAGAAACUCGUCAAUGAGACUCAGGAGGAUUUCCGUCUCAGAAGAUUUACAGAGUCGUUUCAACAACUUCAAUUCAGUUCCCAGGAGGAUAUUGUGAAAUAUAUUUUAGAACCAAUAUUUCAUGAUCUAGGUUACCAUGGAGAGCUAAAAAAGGAGGAGAAAAAGGAUGGCAUCCGGUUCUGUGGAAGGCCUCGGUUAGCUAAAAAAGUUCGUUGGGUGAAUUAAGUUGAAGAUCAUGAGGAAGGGAAACACCUCUCCGCUGGUUCAAUUUAUCCAAUCCGCCAAAAAGCUUCAUUUGGCUGGAAUUAAGUUCAAGGUAAGGGAGGCAAACAGCUUCUUUGGAUAUCAGAUUCUGCAACGGGGUGCUCGGAAUCCCGAACAUAACUCUAGAUGAUCUACGCACAGAUAUUUUCCUCCACUUUGUUGCAUUUGAACAAUGCUACUCCCAUUGCUCAAAGCACAUAACCACUUAUGCUGCAUUGAUGAGUUGUCUCACCAGCACGCCUGCGGACGCAGCAUUUCUCAGUGACAAAAAUAUUAUUGAGAAUUAUCUUGGAACCGAUGAGGAAUUUCUUCAAAAACCUUGGCAAGGAUGUGCCUUUUGAUAUUGACGAAAGUUAUCUAUGUAAGUGAUGUGAAUGCGUGCCAUAGAAAUAUUUGGUACGUGAGAUGGGCUGGUUUUAGAUUUAAGUAUUUUGACACCCCAUGGUCUUUCUUGUCAGCUGUAGCUGCUGUCGUGCUCCUACUACUCACUGCAAUUCAGGCCUUCUUUGCUGUGUA